AUUCAACCUUCGAUCUCACCAUUCUCCUCGCCCGCUUUCCGCUCCCAGGAGGCGACUCGAGUGACCAACGCGACCAUCAUCAAUAAAGACGGCGGUGCCCCCGCGCAACGUUCACGCUCCCUCGGUGCGCCUUGCACCACCGCAUUCGUUCGGUCCUCAGCAACCUUCCUCGUUUCGAGCCGCGUCGCAUUCGAGCUCCCAGUGUCAUUCCCACCGGCAACGUCGACAAUCACCGCGAGCACCUCUCAACUUGCUCACUCACUCUAGACCCCGACGACAUCGGCAACCAUGGCGGGUUGGUGGGGCUCGUCUGCGAAUACGGCCCUCGAUCAGCAGAUCGAGAAGGCAACCUCCAGCAGUCUUGAAGACAUUGCACUCAAUCUUGAGAUCUCGGACGUCAUUCGUUCCAAGACAGUACAACCCAAGGAUGCUAUGCGCUCGUUGAAGCGUCGUAUUGGCGACAAGAAUCCAAACACACAGCUGUCCGCGCUUGGGCUCACAGAUACGUGCUUCAAGAACGGCGGGACACACUUCCUAGUUGAAAUCGCAUCGCGCGAAUUCAUGGACAACCUGGUCUCGCUACUUCACGCUGUAGGCCCUGCUGCCAUCAACCAGGAGGUGCGCAGCAAGAUGCUGGAGCUCAUUCAGUCCUGGGCAGCUGCCGUGGAGGGUCGAUACGACCUCAAGUACAUCGAGGAGACAUACAAGUCUUUGGAAAAGGAAGGAUAUCAGUUUCCCCCGAGGGUCACAGUUGCUACCAGUAUGAUUGAUAGCAGUGCGCCUCCGGAGUGGUCCGACUCCGACGUCUGUAUGCGAUGCAGAACAGCCUUCUCGUUCACAAAUCGAAAGCAUCAUUGUCGCAAUUGUGGCAACUGCUUCGACCAGCAGUGCUCUUCAAAGACCCUUCCACUACCGCACCUGGGCAUUCUUGUGGCCGUGAGAGUCGACGAUGGCUGUUAUGCGAAGCUUACGGACAAAUCUGGCAAAGGUGGUGGCUCCCACACAGACAGGUCUUCGGCAGUGUCCUCAUUCCCGCACAAGAACCGCAGUAGCGCGUCGAUGCAGCCACGUAAUGCCCGCGUAGACGAUGCGUUUGAUGAGGAUCUCAAGAAGGCGCUGGCAAUGAGCUUGGAAGAGGUCCAGACACACUCGAAGGGCUAUGUUGCGCCGUCGGACAAUAAGCCAUCUGCCUCGCAAUACAAGACCAACGGGGUCUCUUCGCCUGCCGCUCAACAGGCAGAUGAAGAGGAUGCCGACCUGAAGGCCGCGAUCGCUGCUUCCUUGGCAGAUAUGGAGGAGCAGAAACAACGGCACGCGGCUGCAUUGAAACAGCAGACAGAGAGCGGCCCAAGCACCUCGGGACCCUCGCACUUCGUGCUUCCCAAGAACGACUACGAGCUCAGCCCGGUGGAAGCUGAGAACAUUAACCUGUUCUCAACGUUGGUGGACAGGCUGCAAACACAGCCCCCCGGAACAAUCUUGCGAGAGCCGCAGAUUCAAGAGCUCUAUGACUCGAUUGGAACAUUGAGGCCAAAGCUCGCUCGCACAUAUGGCGAAACCAUGAGCAAACAUGACACCCUGUUGGAUCUACACGCGAAGCUGUCGACUGUCGUCAGGUACUACGAUAAGAUGCUGGAGGAUAGACUCUCUCAGGCGUAUGGCCAGCACAACAUUGGCGGUUACAGCUUGCCUGCCCCCCGACAGCCAUCUGCUCCGUACGCCUCGAUGCGUUCUCCGGCCCACGCUCCUGGCCAGGCCGAGAACUUUUACACUGGUGAACAGCAAUCCCACUAUCACCAAUCCCCUUCGUCGCACCCUUAUCUUUCUCACGGACAACCUGUCGGACAACCGCAAUAUGCUCAACAGGCACCGGCUAGAACAGACAGUUGGCAACAACAAGGUUCUUCUGCGCCACAGCAGUACACUGCCCACGGCAGUUAUGCGCCAUCAGAGCCGUCCCCCUUAGUGAACAACCCGUCUCACGCACAGUCACAACCACAUUCGAGUGGCCCGGGGCCUGCUGCUCCUCCCUCUGAUCCCAACACUGCCUACUACUACCCCCCGAAUCAGCCAAAUCAGCCGUCCCAGCCACAGGCACCCAGUGCGCCCCCGGAGUCAGCGCCCUCGCCAUACCCAGAUCUCCAGCGGACAACGAGCUAUGGCCAACAAUCUCUCCCACAAACCCCAGCCGCGACGACAGCCCAGCCAUCACAGCCGCCUCAGGCCCCUCAGCAAUACCACCCACAGCAACCGCCUGCUCAGCCAUAUUGGCAGCAGCAACAGCAGGCCGCACACCAGGUGCCGCAGCACCCGCAAGCGCCUCCACCCCAAGCAGCACCACCUAGCCAAGCACAAGGCUAUCCGGCAGCGAACCCUGGCUACUCUGGAUACACACCGGACAGCUUCCCCUCUGCUCCGCAACACCAGCCGGCGGCGCCUGCACAGCCCGCCGUUGAGGAGAGCUUGAUUGAUUUCUAGAGGUUUGGGAAGGGCGGAGACGGAUAUGGAGGAGUCUGUUGGUAUAAGUAAUAGCUAGUAUGAUGCUAGAUCAAUGCCAAGUCAACAUGCCAACACAGUCAACUGCUUCCUGAAACCAAUUUUUGAUCCUGGUGAAUGGGGCAACGUGUAGCAUCGGUCUUGCUGCUUGCAGGGCUCAUAGUCGGAGAUCAUAGAGUGAUCAUGGAGUGAUCAUAUCACAUGACUUGGCUCGGUAAACA